UUCAAUAUGGCGGCGAAUUUGAAGUUACAAGAUGAAAGGGCAGCAAGACCUCUUAACAACGAUAAAAGCUACGAUCUCUCCAUUAUGCAUUUACCGAACUUACCUAAGAGUCUGGUGUAUGGAGUAAUUGCUUUUACUUCAGUAGCUUGUUAUCUGAACAGCUUGGAUUACGACUUAGUACAUGAUGACAUUUUUGCGAUCAAGGAAAACAUGGACAUUCGCUCUGAAGCUCCGCUGGCAAACAUAUUCUCCAAUGACUUCUGGGGCAAGCCAAUGUGGAGUAAUACAAGUCAUAAGUCAUACAGACCGCUGUGUGUCUUAACAUUUCGAAUGAACUUCGCGAUACAUGGGUUAAAACCGUUUGGAUAUCAUGCUGUUAAUGUUGUUCUUCAUGGAUUGGUUUGCUUGUUGUAUACUUAUAUGUGCAACGUGGUGGCCUUCAAGUCCAGUGCACUUGCAUUUAUCGCAGGAAUUCUGUUUGCAACGCAUCCUGUUCAUACAGAAGCUGUAACGGGAGUCGUAGGACGUGCUGAUGUAAUGGCAUGUUUGCUCUUUCUGCUUGCAUUCCUUGCAUUUGUAAGGUCUGAACAAAGCAAAGGCUGUAGCCAGAUAAUGUGCACAAUUACUUGUGUGGUUCUUGGUGCCAUGGCAAUGCUAGUAAAGGAGCAUGGUAUAACUGUGUUUGGUGUGUGCUUUGUUUAUGAUUGUAUGGUUGUUAACAAGAAUUUAACUUGGAGAGCCAUCAGGGAAAGGGCUGUGUCAGUGGGAAAGGAAGCUACAACAUUGAAGCAUGUACUAAUAAGAAUAAUUGUACUAUCUGUAGCAGUUUUCUGUCUUAUGGCAUUCAGAGUAUGGAUGCUUGGAGGAAAUCUACCAUAUUUUACAGUUCAGGACAAUCCUGCCUCAUUUUCAGACUCUCUUAGUACUCGCAUUAUGACUUACUUUUAUCUAAUUGCAUUCAACUCUUGGUUACUUUUGUCGCCAAGUGUGUUGAGCUAUGAUUGGCAGAUGGGAAGCAUACCUCUUGUGGAGUCACUGAUAGAUUCCCGAAACUUAGCCACACUGGUGUUUGUCAUGGUAGCAGCUCUUCUGUUUUACUCUGCUGUGUUAUCCAAUAAGACCCCGUCACGUGAUCAAGAUGUUCUUGUUUUAUCUCUGGCCAUGUUGGGUAUUCCUUUCCUUCCGGCCUCUAACCUGUUCUUCAGAGUUGGAUUUGUUGUUGCUGAGAGAAUACUUUACAUACCAAGCAUGGGCUUUUGUAUGCUCGUUGUUUGUGGGUUCAACAAACUGGCAUCGGUUUUGGUAGCCAAUGGUAAAGUGGCAAUGAAAGAUAGAUGUACAGAAGUACGAAUGAAUCUCCUGCAUAAGGUUUUAUUAUCAGGGGUAUUUGUGUUAAUAGGACUUUUCUGCUGGAAAACUGUGGUGCGGAAUCGCGUUUGGAGCAAUAGGGAGGCCUUAUUCAGGUCUGGAAUUGAAACUCUUCCUCAUAAUGCUAAAGCACAUUAUAACUUUGCUAAUUUUCUAAAAGAUGCUGGAAGGGCUAAAGAGGCCAUAUAUCACUAUGAAACUGCACUUAGGUUGGCACCGAAUCAUGUCAGUGCUCAUAACAACCUCGGUACCCUUUUGGAAAACGAUCAGGAAGCAAUGCAGCACUUUUCUGAAGCCAUCAAGAAUGAUCCAUAUCAUGCAAACUCGUACUUCAAUCUUGGAACCCGUUUGACGUCAUUAAAGCGUCUCUCAGAGGCCGAAACAGUGCUUAAAGAGGCCAUCAGGUUGAAUCCAAGGUAUUUAGAUGCAGUUUUAAAUGUGGCUGGUGUGCUCAGUGAUCAAGAGAAGUUUGAUGAGGCUGAGGAGUUUUACAAGAAAGCGCUGACUUUGGAGCCCAGAAACGGCGACGCUCACAACAAUUAUGCCGUAUUUCUCGGUAAAAUUGGUCGAACGAAGCGAGCCUUGGAAAAUUACAACAAAGCUCUACAGCUCAACCCUAAUCACACAGUGACUUUAGUUAACAUGGCUCGGCAGUUGCGAGCAGAUGGAAAAAUUCAGGAUGCAGAAAUAGCUUACAAGAGAGCUUUGUCAAUACGACGAGACCCAAGCACAUUACAGUUGCUCGGAGUACUGUAUUAUCACAACCAGCAGUUGAAAGAAGCGGAACUGGCCUGGAAAGAAUCACUCGAACUUGAACCAACGAAUACUGAGACUCGUUCGAAUUAUGCAAUUCUUCUCGGACAAACCAACCGACUCCAUCAGGCCGUUGGUGUCAUGAAGGGCUUGGUUCUAGAUGAUCCUCAGAACCCCGGAAAUUAUAAGACGCUAGCAGGAAUGUAUGCUCAGAACAGACAAUGGAAUGAAGCUCUGCAAGUUAUCGCAAGCGCACUUAGGCGCCAUGUCAACAAUGCGGAACUUUAUUAUUUUCAGGGAAAUUUUUACAAAGAUUUAAACAAAAUGCAAGAGGCCAAGAAGAGCUACACGAAAGCUGUCCAGCUCGAUCCACAACUUUUCAGUGCUCAUUUGAAUCUUGGAGUUAUAUUCCACCUUGAGGGAAACCGAGCAGAGGCCAGGCUCCAUUACGAGAUCGCCGCCAAGCUGGAUCCAGGAAACACAAUCUUGAAGGAGAAUCUGGCCAAGCUGCAACGACUAGAGAGGAAAAAUAAGCAGUAACUACGGACAGUUGUAUUAAAGGCGUAUGUAUAAAUCAACUCACUACAAGUUUUCUCUUCGAUAAAAUUUCACAAAAUGAAACUGAAGAAUUACACACUUUUUACACACCUGUCAUCUAAAAGAAAAUGUUACCUGUUUUAAAUUUACGUGUUUCUAGACUAUCUAGCACGACGGAGCGUUUCAUUUCACUAAAACUCGCAGAGUUCCCUCAUUACAACGUUUGUAAUGGAGCAGUUUUGUGGUUUAACGAAAAAUACACUGUUUUACAUGAUUCGUAGCUGAGCUACGAAUCAUGUAAAACAGGUCUGGUCUUUACUCGACAUUUUUCCCGCAAAAAUCCAUGAUAGUGAGGUUUUCCAAGAACAAAUCCAUUGAUUUGGAGCGCUAUUUCACUCAUUUCCUUUUUCAUUGUCGAAGUAGGGCCAUUUGUGCCCUAAAAUGGCUAUCUAUCAUCUAAAAUGAUCAAAAAAUUAUCAUAAAAUUAUCAUUUAAAAUGGCUAUCUAUCAUCUAAAUUAAUCAUCGCAUGCAGCGAAUCUGGAGAACAAUUUAAACUAAAGUAUAAAAGCGCUGGUUGCCAAGGGUUAUAACUUUUGGACUAAAGAAGAUAAAAAAUCCAUUACAUAGUAUGAGUUUGAGACUUGUCUGUUGGAAGUGCAGUCUUCAAAACAAUUUAAACUAAAGUAUAAAAGCGCUGGUUGGCAAGGGUUAUAACUUUUGGAACAAAGAAGAUUAAAAAUCCAUUACAUAGUAUGAGUUUGAGACUUGUCUGUUGGAAGUGCAAUCUUCAAAACAAUUUAAACUAAAGUAUAAAAGCGCUGGUUGCCAAGGGAUAUAACUUUUGGACCAAAGAAGAUUAAAAAUCCAUUACAUAGUAUGAGUUUGAGACUUGUCUGUUGGAAGUGCAAUCUUCAAACAUAUUUUUAGGUUUUAUCCCGGGAUUUGAAAUGAGAGCUCUCAUACCCCAGGGAUUAAGUACGAACCCAAAAUACUUUGGAUUCUUGGACAACUUUUUUAACCUUAUAAUCUUUGAAAGUUUAAAAAAAUCGGUGUGAUGGAAUGUGUCACGUCUGCCUGGUCCUCUCGUGGACAGACUCUUAACGGGUGGCUAAUUCAUCAAAGUUUAAAUACUGGAGUUAUUUCCUGGGGGAAAAUGCUGAACAGGUACAACAACAGUUAACUGGAUCAAAUAACAAAUAUAUAUGAAAUACAUAUAUGUUUGUUGUUUG